CCCGUCCACCAGUACAUCGUGGACGACUUGAUCCGAGUUGAACCUGUGGUUAAACCCAGGCCAACAAAGAGGGGAGGUGAGAAGAAUGCCAGCAAGCCAAGAAGGAAGAAAAACAAAGGAAAAAACAAAAAGAAGGGAACUCCCUGUGAAAUGGAAUACAAAAACUUUUGCAUCCAUGGUGAAUGCAUAUACCGGGAACAUCUACAGAUGGUGACCUGCAAGUGUCAUCAGGAUUUUUUUGGUGAGCGCUGUGGUGAACAGUUCAUGAAGACUCAAAGGAAGAAUGAUGUGGCAGACUACUCAAAGACUGUGUUGGUAGUGGUAGCUGUCCUGCUCUCAAGCAUCAGCUUCAUUACUGUGCUUAUCAUUGUGAUAGUGCAGGUCAGGAAAAAGUGUCCUCAGUAUGAAGAGAAAGAAGAAAGGAAAAAACUUCGACAAGAAAACAGAAAUGGCCAUGUUGGUGUGUAAAUGAGGAGAAAGCAGAAAAUUCUGAUGUAGCCACUGCCAAACUGCAGGGUACCUCUGCCUACCUGACACAUCCACCUGGACACUGUGGGCUGGAGCUGUUGCCAGUAAGACCUGAUUCAUCAAGACAGGCUGCUGCAAGGAGAUGUCAACAUGGCACUAGCUGCUGAAUCGCUUGCUGGGGAGGACAGUUACCACUACAUCUUGGCACAAUGAUGUGCAAGGAGCUGCCACUAUGGGGUGGAGGACCUGCUAUCAAGACCUGCUGGAGACUACUGCUACUGAGCCCUCUCUUUCAGUGCUGGAGCUCUGUUCUCUGCA